CAAACGAGCCUUCUCAACAAUAAUAUUCCUCACUCUCCUCAAACCCCUCGUAACUCCUCUCCCUUCUUUCUCUGCAAAAAAAAAUUUAAUAAAAUUUCAGAAAAAAAUUAAGGAAAAAAAAAGAGAUAAUUAUGCUAGAAACGGUGAAGUACUUGAUGGGCUCGCCGGGCCCCAGCGGGUACGGCUCGAAGACCACCGCCGAGGACGUAACCGCGGCGGCAGCGGCGGCGUGUUCCGAUCUCCGCUGCAUCACCGCGAUCGUCACCGGUGCGACGUCGGGGAUCGGGGCGGAGACGGCGCGCGUGCUGGCGAUGCGCGGGGCGCGGCUGGUGCUGCCGGCGCGGAGCCUGAAGGCUGCCGAGGAGACGAAGGCUCGCAUCGCAGCUGAAUUCCCCGGAGCGGAGGUCUUCGUCCUCCCCCUCGAUCUCAGCUCCCUCUCCUCCGUCCACUGCUUCGCCUCCCGAUUCCUCUCCCUCCGCCUCCCCCUCAACCUCCUCAUAAACAACGCCGGAAGGUUCUCGUACGAUCGCGCCUUGUCGGAGGACGGCGUCGAGAUGACGUUCGCCACAAACUAUCUUGGGCAUUUUUUGUUGACGAAGCUGCUGCUGGAGACGAUGGCGGAGACGGCGCGGGCGAGCGGGAUCGAAGGCCGCAUCGUGAACGUCUCCUCCGGCAUCCACGGGUGGUUCUCCGGUGACAUGCUGCGAUACCUCGACAUGCUCACCAGCAAGAAGAUAGCUUAUGAUGCCACAAAAGCGUACGCGCUGUCGAAGCUCGCCAACGUCCUCCACACCAAAGCGCUGGCGGAGAGAUUGAAGGAGAUGGGUGCAAACGUAACUGCGAACUGCGUGCACCCGGGAAUCGUCCGAACCGGACUCACCCGCGACCACGACGGCUUCAUCACCGAUCUGCUGUUCCUCCUCGCGUCCCGACUUCUCAAAACGAUUCCACAGGCCGCGGCGACGACGUGCUACGUGGCGACACACCCCGCAUUGCGGGGCGUUUCGGGGAAGUACUUUGCCGACUGCAACGAGGCGGCGCCGUCGAAGUCGGCAUCCGACGGGCAGGCAGCAUCGCAGCUGUGGCGUGCCUCCGAAGCCAUGACGGCCGAGAAGGCUGCCGGACGCUUCCCGGAAAAGCCACAGGAACUAUAAGCAUGGCAGGUCACUACAAUAGCCUCGUAACAAAUAUCAAACAAUACAAAAAAUAAUAAUAAUAAUAAU